UCCCCACUCUCCCCAACCCCUCCUCACCCCGUCCAUCCCUCUUCUACACCCCUCGAUCCCUCACUUACGCACCACUCCCAUCCCGCCCCAGUUCAAACCCAUCUGUUCAAAGUCAACAACUGAUGGAUCAGCAGAUAACAGCUCAAGAAGGUGAACCCAAGAAGGAAUGGUUGGCUAGGAGUGAACUGUGAAGGGGUUGGUUAAGGAAUAGAGGUUUUAGAUGCUGGUGGGAUUGGGUGAGUGGAUGGCUUGUUGGGUGAGGAGGGAGUUUGGAGGAGAUGUAUGGGGGUUAGGGAUAGAGGAGAUUUAGAUGUGGGAGAUAGAGGUUUUGGCAUUUGUGGAGGAGAAGGGGGUUAUGAGUUGAAUGUAAGUGAGGAUUAAGAUGUUAUGAACUUACUACAGCUGGAAUGAGCUAAUUAGGAGGAAAAUUAGUAACAUAAUAGUAUUUUUGGAUGAUUUAAAAGGAUUCUACAGUCUGUUGUUAUAAAAUAAAUACUUAAUGAAGAUCAAACGAAGCUUUAAUAAAGAGUUGGUGUGCAUUCUUGAUUCUUUGUCGUAUUCCUACUAUAAUCAAAUGACAAUAAUGCUUGGGAAUGAUUGAGAUUCUAAAUAAUAGCUUUCACAAUCACUAUAUUUCACCAAAUUCUCAAAAAUGCUUAAAAACAUUCCUCCCACCGUUCCCAAAUCCAACAAUCCCUUAAACUACCUCAUCUCCUAAACACCCCCUAUACUACCCUCUUCUCUCUAUUCCCCUUAACCCCACCAGCACACAUCAUAAACCCAUUUUCCUUCUACAUUACCCUUCCUCCUCCACUGUGUUGAGCCCCAGUGGGGAAUCAGAACAAUUGGAUUCAAUAAGG